AUGCCUUUUCUCGCACAGGAACAUUUACCAAUCUCCAAUAAAGACAUCUUAUCGUGGAUAUUUGAUGAGCCGAAAUAUGACCUGGACAAGCCAGUAUAUGUCGAUGCUGUCAACUCCUCGCGAACCCUAUCUCUAAAUCAAUCGCGCGCUAUCAUUCGCAAAUUGGUUGCUGGUUUUCGGGCAGCCGGAAUAAAGAAGGGCGAUUGUGUCUGUGUGCAAUCUUUCAAUGAUCUUUACUAUCCUAUGCUUUUUCUCGGAAUCGUAGCGGUCGGUGGUGUUUUCACUGGGGUGAACCCUUCUUACACGCCAUUCGAACUGGCCCACCACUUGCGGACAUCAAAAGCAAAGUUCAUCAUCGCUGAGCCUGAGUUGCUCGAUAGCAUCAAGGCAGCUGCGAAGGAGUGCAAGAUACCAGAUUUAAAUAUCCGCAUCUUCAACGUGCACGGACAAUUCAUCCCACAAGGCUAUCAGUCCUGGUCUAAAUUGUUGGAGCACGGAGAAGAGGACUGGGUGAGGUUUGACGACAAGGAGAUAUCUAGCACCACUCCAGCGGCGUUCCUUUUCAGCUCGGGGACUACAGGCCUUCCCAAGGCGGCAGUGAUAUCCCACUACAACUUAGUGGCUCAGCAUACUUUGGCAGUGGAGCCCCAGCCAGAGCUUUAUGAGGUAUCACGCUUGCUGUACAUGCCAAUGUUUCAUGCCGCAGUAGUUCCGCAGGGUCACACUUCAGCAUUGAAAGCCGGUACUACAUCGUACAUUCUACGACGGUUUGACCUAGAGCUCUUCUUCUCGUCGAUUCAAAAGUUCAAGAUCACGGAGAUUGCUGUGAUGCCUCCCAUCGUGCUGAUGGUCCUUGCAUCGCCAUUGACAAAGAAUUAUGACUUGACUUCAGUCAAGUCGACCAAGAGUGGGUCUGCAUCACUUAGCAAAGAAGACCAAUUCGCGUUUGAAAGGUUGCUUGCUCAUGACGCUGCGUUCAAUCAGGUGUGGGGGAUGACAGAAACCAGUUGUGUAGCCUCCAGAUUCUGGCACCCUGAGAACGAUCAGACGGGAAGCAUUGGGCGAUUCAUCCCAAAUUUAGAUGUCAAACUUGUCGACGAUAAGGACAACGAUAUCACUGCACUCGGAGCUACAGGAGAGCUCUUAAUCCGCGGUCCAACAAUUAUCUGCCAGUACUACGAGAAUCCUGUGGCAAAUGCUGCCUCUUUCGACUCUGAAGGAUUCUUUCGAACCGGAGACAUUGUGACUUGUGAGGAUGGUCCAGGGCUCACUCCAGCCACUGCAAAGUGGUACAUCAUCGAUCGCAAGAAGGAGUUGAUCAAAUGCCGUGGCUUUCAGGUGUCUCCCUCCGAGAUCGAAGCUGUGAUCCUGCAACAUCCCGCUAUAAUCGACGCUGCGGUAAUCGGUAUCAAAGCGGAAGAUCCAAAGGACGGGGAAAAUCCGAGGGCUUAUGUCGUGCGUCAGACUGCAGUCUCGGAGGCCGAGGUUAAGGAUUGGUGUGCCCGGCGUUUGGCCAAGUAUAAAGCUCUGGCUGGCGGAGUGGUUUUCGUCGAUGCUAUACCGAAGAAUGCUGGUGGGAAGAUACUGAAGCGCAUCUUACGGGAACAAGCUCAGAAGGAAGUGAAGGGGACACGCUCGGGGCCACGCCUAUAG